AUGACGGAGCGGACUCCUCUCCUCCACUACCGCCUCGUCAGCAGCGUCAGUGACCCGGAGCAGCCGGCUCCUCCGGCCCGGGCUGCCCCGGAGCGGCUCCCGGGCAGCCCGGGCCAGCAGAGGUCCACCCAGCGGCGGCAACAACCCCCGAAGCUCUCCAUCUUCUUCGGCGUGGUCAUCCCGACCCUGCUGUCCAUGUUCAGCGUGGUAGUCUUCCUCAGGAUAGGUGGCUACACUGUUGAUUACACAACAGGGACGAUGAUGACCUUUGCCACUGUUUUUGCUGUGAUGUUCAAUGGUUGCACUGGCAUCAUGGCCGGCUCCAACAUGUCCGGUAACCUACAAGUACCAAGUUAUCAGCGUGAAACUUACACAGCAAUAACAUACUCUUUCAGUACCAAACAAACCCUGUCCACAUAUCUUGCUUGUACUUGUACUUAUCUGCUUCUUCAGAGGGACUACAGUUUUCUCAGAGACAUCAAUGUCUGGUAUCCCUUUGUCAUCGUUGGAGUGUAUUCCUCAACUCUCUCUGCUGCAAUGAGCAAUCUCAUCGGAGCCUCCCGCAUCCUCUACGCCUUGGCAAAAGAUGACUUGUUUGGUAAGGCGCUGUCUCUAGCUAAGAGGACGUCCCACAGUGGAAACCCCUGGGUCUCUGUCCUAAUUUCCUGGUUUCUUGUGCAGUUGGUGUUGUUUUCAGGAAAGCUCAACACCAUUGCCAGCAUUGUGACCAUCUUCUUUCUGCUGGUGUAUGCUGCAGUGGACCUUGCUUGCCUUGCCCUGGAAUGGGCCUCUGCACCUAAUUUCAGGCCCACUUUCCGUUACUUCACCUGGCAUACGUGUGUGUUGGGCAUCAUUGGUUGUGCCAUCAUGAUGUUUCUAAUCAACGCCAUUUAUGCGUCAGCCAGCAUAGCCUUCAUGCUGCUCCUGCUGCUGCUGAUUCACUACCUCAGCCCCGUGUCCAGCUGGGGAUACAUCAGCCAGGCUCUCAUUUUCCACCAGGUCCGUAAGUACCUUCUGAUGCUCGACGUCAGGAAGGACCACAUCAAGUUCUGGAGGCCCCAGAUUCUUCUGAUGGUUUCCAACCCUCGCAGCACCGUGGGCCUCAUCACCUUCAUCAAUGACAUAAAAAAGAGUGGGCUUUACGUGCUGGGACAUGUCCAACUCGGAGAUCUCAUCUUAAACUUUUUAGGUGGGAUGCGGCCUAACACCUUGGUGCUUGGAUUUUAUGAUGACUGUCUUCCAAGAGACAAGCUGAUCGAUCCCUCCCUGUCUUCCAGCGAGUCCACAGAUCCUUUCAGCCAUUCCCAAGAGCUUGAGCAACCUCCUCUUUUCCUAUUUAACCUCCUGCGGGGGUCAAGUGACAGACAUGAUUAUGGGGAAUCUGGGGAUGGGAAGGUUCUUGGCCCUCAGGAGUAUGUAGCAAUCAUUAGUGAUGCCAUGAAGAUGCUUAAAAAUGUGGUAUUAGCUCGAUACUUCAAUGAUUUUGAUAGAGCCCAAGUCCUCUCGCCAUCAUCCCCCGGGAAGGUGUUUGUUGAUGUCUGGCCAAUUAACCUGAUGCGGCCAGACAGUUGCAGCUAUGUUGAUACUUGCUCUCUUUUCUUGCUACAGCUAGCAUGUAUCCUUAACAUGGUGAAAGCCUGGCGUAAAGCAAAGCUGCGCCUCUUCCUAUGUGUAGAGGAGGGGCAAAGUGUAAGGGGCUCAGAGGAAAAACUCGGCCAGCUGCUGAAAGAGUUGAGAAUUAAAGCUCAGGUGCGCACUGUGCCCUGGGACCAGGUGGUGGCACUACACUGGCAGCGCCAGGGCAGCUGGAGCAGGAAGGAGCAGUCACGGCCUCCGGGCCUUGCAGCAGACGAGAACAAGGAGAGAGCUGUCGAAGAGGAUGAAGAUGAUUUCGUUAACAGCUUCCCGAGUAAUGCCACCCGUGUAUCAGAUGACUACCUCUCAGCUGUCAACGGGCUGAUCCUAGAUCAAUCCAGGCCACCUCCUAGUGUGCGUUUCCUGUACUUGCCCCGCCCCCCAGCUGACACACGCCGCUACCCAGCUUAUUUACGUCAGCUGGAACUUCUUACUCAGGAUUUGGGACCCACACUACUCAUCCAUGGUGUCACUCCUGUCAUCACCACUGACCUCUGA